UCGGUCGAUCAGCUACUUGUGAACCGUUUGUUAUUCAUCAUUUGAUCCUGAGCUCCGUAGUCUUUGGAUCUAACAGUAGACAAUCGAGGUUUAUAGUGGUCCCAUGGAUUAGCUUAUCCUGAUCUCGUAGUUCUUCCGGCUAGUGGAGUGGCAAGUGGCUACCGUUCACUCGCGCGCGAGAGAUUUUUCGAAAGAAACCGGAACCGCGGGUAAAGCCUCCCCUCAGCGCCUACCUUUCGAGUUUCAUGAAAAUGGUAUCUGUCUUCUCCUUCAGUUCCAUCGCUCCUAACCUCGAUUCACAGCGCCGAUAUGUCAUCUAUCGGUCUCCUACUCGCCGGAGAGUUCGCACUUUCCAGUGUAAUGGAAAGAACCCAACAACAACUAGCUCAUCGACCGAUAGAGGUUCCCAAUCCGAGAAUUUGUUGCUUAAGGCGGCCUGGUACGGCUCGGAGCUCCUUGGGAUUGCUGCAUCUUUUCUCCGUUCCCCAUCCAACCCCGGAGCUCCCGAUCGGAAUCUCGAGCUUGCAGAUGAUAGGUCGGAAGUGCUUGAUCGUACCCAGGUUGUAGAAACCAUUAAGGAGGAUUUCCAGCGGUCAUAUUUUGUUACAGGAAAUCUGACACUAAAUGCAUAUGAAGAGGAUUGUGAAUUUGCUGAUCCAGCAGGUUCCUUUAGAGGGCUCCGCCGUUUCAAAAGGAACUGUUCAAAUUUUGGGUCUCUAAUUGAAAGGUCAAACAUGAAACUUAUGAAGUGGGAAGACUUUGAGGAUAAGGGAAUUGGACAUUGGCGUUUUAGCUGCAUCUUAUCAUUUCCUUGGAGACCCAUUCUUUCUGCCACUGGAUAUACAGAGUACUAUUUUGAUGCUCAAUCCGGAAGGGUAUGCAGGCAUGUUGAGCAUUGGAAUGUUCCUAAAAUGGCACUACUGAAGCAAAUUCUCAGGCCUAGCAGAGGCUUAUGGGGCAAGAGAAGAGGCGUUUGAAAAGUAUACAUUGGGACUUAAAACAUAUUUUCAUCGGCAUUAUCAUGCCUUUGAAUCAGUUCGUAAAGCCAAAGCUCAAAACUACUCAACCAGGACCACAUGCAUACUGCUUCAUUGUUGUUAUGGAAGUGUGUGAUGCAAGUAGUUGGUGGCAAAACUGCACUCGUCUCCCUCUUGUAUCUGAUUAUAUGGCCUCAUCCAGUGUUUAGUUUGCUUGCUGAUGACCCACAUUGUACAGUAAUUAGAAAGCAAAAACGAAAUGUAGAAAAAAAAGUUCCUUGUAAAAUAAUGUUAAUCUGCUUGUCAUCCUUACUA